GAACCUUUCCCUCACUUCAUUCAAAAACCUUCUCUCUCUCUCUCUCUCUCUCUCUCUCCUCCUUCGCAUGACCCCCAUACUCCUCCCUCUCUCUCUGGAACUGUGUAAUUUUCUCUCUCUGGUAUGGCGAUCUUAGACGAGAGCGUCGGAACGACGACGUCGAGCGCGGAUCUCAGCCUCUCCAUGCGCCGCAGGCCUCGGGCGGGCGCCGACAAGGCGUCGGCGGAGGAUUCCGACGCGACGUCGUCGUCGAAGAUGACGGUGUUUUCGUUGGAGGCGGAGAGCUUGGUUAACGGUUCGCAACACGAUCGGGGUCAGAUCGGCGCCGCCGCGGACGGCGGAGGUAGGGUUGAGAAUAAAGAGUUGAGUGGUAACGCGGAUAAUGACGGCGGCGAGAAGGUCGGAAACGGCGAGCAACGAGAAGAUGCGAAUUUGGGGAAAUUUACGUACCGGCCGUCGGCCCCGGCGCACCGGAGAAUCAAGGAGAGUCCUCUUAGCUCCGACGCCAUAUUCAAACAGAGUCAUGCAGGACUCUUCAACCUCUGUAUAGUAGUGCUUGUUGCCGUAAACAGCCGUCUUAUCAUUGAGAAUCUGAUGAAGUAUGGCUGGUUGAUUCAGGCUGGUUUCUGGUUUAGUUCAACAUCAUUGAGGGAUUGGCCACUUUUAAUGUGCUGUCUCUCCCUCCCAAUUUUCCCAGUUGCUGCUUUUAUUGUCGAGAAGCUGGCACAACAAAAGUACAUAUCUGAACCAGUGGUCGUAACCCUUCACAUAUUGAUUACUUCAGCUACAAUUCUGUAUCCAGUUCUAAUGAUCCUGAGGUUUGAUUCUGCCGUUCUAUCUGGUGUCACGCUAAUGCUUUUUGCAUGCAUUGUGUGGCUAAAGUUGGUAUCCUAUGCACAUACAAGUUACGAUAUGAGAGUGCUUGCAAAGUCUGUUGAUAAGGGGGAGGCCUCGUCUGUUUCUUCAACUAGGAACUACUGCUAUGAUGUUAGCUUCAAAAGUUUGGUAUACUUCAUGGUGGCUCCCACACUAUGUUACCAGACAAGUUAUCCCCGCUCUGCAUGCAUUCGAAAGGGUUGGGUGGUCCGUCAAGUCAUCAAGUUGGUUAUAUUUACUGGAUUGAUGGGAUUUAUUGUAGAACAGUACAUCAAUCCAAUCGUCAAGAAUUCACAGCAUCCUCUGAAAGGAAACCUUUUGUAUGCGAUAGAGAGGGUGUUGAAGCUUUCGGUUCCAAAUUUAUAUGUGUGGCUCUGCAUGUUCUACUGCUUUUUCCAUCUUUGGUUAAACAUACUUGCUGAGCUUCUCCGUUUUGGUGAUCGUGAAUUCUACAAAGAUUGGUGGAAUGCUAAAACAGUGGAGGAGUACUGGAGAAUGUGGAAUAUGCCAGUUCAUAAAUGGAUGGUCCGCCAUAUUUAUUUUCCUUGCUUACGGAAUGGAAUUCCUAAGGGAGUCGCUGUAUUGAUUGCCUUCAUUGUAUCUGCUAUUUUCCAUGAGCUAUGCAUUGCUGUUCCCUGCCACAUAUUCAAGUUCUGGGCUUUCUUUGGAAUCAUGGUUCAGGUUCCCUUGGUCAUGAUCACAAGUUACCUGCAGGACAAGUUCAGGAAUUCCAUGGUUGGCAAUAUGAUCUUCUGGUGCUUUUUCAGCAUUCUUGGUCAACCUAUGUGCCUUCUACUUUACUACCAUGACUUGAUGAAUAGAAAAGUGAAGACAGCGUGAACUUCCUCUUGAAACAUUGGCAUCAUCACGAUUAGACAAUUCUGACUACUCAAAAAGGUUCCCGUGUAGUUUCAGCUUCAUUGUCAAGUGCCUCCGCCGAGGGGCAGCAAAGGAACUCUGUCCAUUGAUGUUCCAUCGUUAUACACACCCACACAUUCUUAUUGUACGGGAAAUAUUCUUAGCGGGAGCAGCCAGUCGCAUGAUACUGUGUAGUCUAAUAUUUUUGGUUCAUUGUUAGCGGCAAUGUUGUAUAUUGUUCUUGCCCGACCCUGUUGUUUUCUUGUAUCGAUCUGUUCUUUUUCAGAUGUAUGUACAAAAGCUUGAUACAGUCACAAUUUUGACCCAAAUUCUUGUAAUGUUUAUGGUAGUUAGUUCCAACAUGCAAUACCUAAGA